CUCGUGUCAGUGCACAGUCUGUGUGUGGUACAGCGCGCGGCGGAGGAACUGGGUACCCAGCGGCAGCUAGGCGGUGUUUCACAACGGUCGACAUUUUUAGCAAAAAUAACUGCUUUAGUGUCUAGAUCUCGGUGCAAGGACUUACUGGAAGAUUUGCGCGCGGCUGUUGGAUCUACACAAGCUUUUCUUUGAAAGUUUUCGGGUCAACAACCCGCUAAAGUCGGAGUGUUUUCCAGCGUCCGACCGGACUGAGCGACGCUCUCCGCCUCGGAGUCACCGGGCUUUAAAGGACUCUCAAGGGGCCAACGAAGAAGACGACGCGUAUGAAAAACACGGACGACGACGGACGUUUUCCAGCCUUUCCAUGUGUCCGCUGACGGGUAGAAGUGAAGGAUUUUAAGUCGUGUUGUGGAUAUAUUGAUUACCUGUGCUGAGGAGGGAGGAAUCAGUCGAGACAAAGGUACAAAGACAGACGGAGGAGGUGAUACAUCCAGUGGUAGGGGGUCUGGGAGUGCGCCUAACCGAGAAUAGGCUUUGUCCACCGCCAUCCUGUAGAUUCAGGGGAGGGGGUGGCGGUGAUUUACCGCACCUUCUCUGGGAUUACAGAAAGAAAGGGGGAGGAAAACACGUCGAUUACCUUGCGUAAAGGACUCAACAUGUAUCCACAAGGCCGGCAUCCGGCACCUCACCAGCCAGGACAGCCUGGCUUCAAGUUUACUGUGGCGGAGUCCUGUGAUAGGAUCAAAGACGAGUUUCAGUUCCUACAGGCCCAGUACCACAGUCUCAAAGUGGAGUAUGAUAAACUGGCCAAUGAGAAGACAGAAAUGCAGCGUCACUAUGUCAUGUAUUAUGAGAUGUCCUAUGGUCUCAACAUCGAGAUGCACAAACAGACUGAAAUUGCCAAACGGCUCAAUGCAAUUCUGGCUCAGAUCAUGCCAUUCUUGUCACAAGAGCAUCAACAGCAGGUGGCUCAGGCUGUUGAGAGAGCCAAGCAGGUGACAAUGACUGAGCUGAAUGCUAUCAUCGGGGUACGUGGACUUCCCAAUCUGCCUCUGACUCAGCAGCAGCUUCAGGCUCAGCACCUCUCUCACGCUGCCCACGGCCCGCCAGUCCAGCUGCCCCCUCAUCCCUCAGGUCUGCAGCCGCCCGGCAUCCCUCCUGUGACGGGUGCUGGCUCCGGUUUGCUGGCUUUGGGGGCUCUUGGGAGCCAGGCCCACCUGCCUGUAAAGGAUGAGAAGAAUCACCAUGACCUGGAGCACCGAGGCCCCUCAUCCUUUCACUUGCCUCUGACCAUCCCUCUGAAAGAGCGCGAGUCCAGCACGAAUAACUCUGUAUCACCAUCAGACAGCCUGCGGGUAGCGAGCGAGAAGCACCGCAAUUCUUCGGAUUAUAGCCUCGACUCCAAGAAACGUAAAGUGGAUGACAAAGACAGCAACCGAGGAUACGACAGUGACGGAGAAAAGAGUGACGAUCUGGUCGUGGAUGUGUCCAAUGAGGAUCCGGCCACCCCUCGAGUCAGCCCCGCUCACUCUCCUCCUGAAAACGGCCUGGAUAAGUCACGAGUGCUGAAGAAGGAUGCUGCCCCCAACAGCCCCGCCUCAGUGGCCUCGUCGGGUAGUACACCAUCCUCUAAGGCCAAGGACCAUGCCCAUAAUGACAAGUCGUCAACGCCGAGCCUUAAGUCCAAUACGCCUACUCCAAGGAAUGAGGCGCCAACACCAGGAACCAGCACUACGCCAGGACUCCGCCCCUUAACCAUGGGCAAACCACCUGGAAUGGAGGCAUUAGCUGCCCCAGCCCUACGAACUCCUCUGUCUAUUGCUGGUUCUUAUGCGACCCCGUUCGCCAUGAUGGGUCAUCAUGACAUGAACGGAUCCCUGACCAGCCCCGGCGUGUAUCCUGGACUCAUCUCACCCCAGAUGAGCGCCGCAGCUGCUGCCGCCUACGGACGCUCACCAAUUGCGGGUUUUGACCCUCAUCCUCACAUGAGAGCUCCUGGCCUCCCAGCUAGUCUCACUUCCAUUUCAGGAGGAAAACCAGCCUAUUCUUUUCAUGUGAGUGCAGAUGGUCAGAUGCAGCCCGUGCCCUUCCCUCCAGAUGCACUGAUCGGCCCGGGCAUCCCGCGUCACGCUCGCCAGAUCAACACGCUGAGCCACGGGGAAGUGGUGUGUGCUGUCACCAUCAGCAACCCCACACGACACGUCUACACUGGUGGCAAGGGUUGUGUCAAGAUCUGGGACAUUAGUCAGCCAGGCAGCAAGAGCCCCGUCUCCCAACUUGACUGCCUGAACAGAGACAAUUACAUCCGCUCCUGCAAGCUGUUGCCUGAUGGUCGCACCCUAAUAGUGGGAGGUGAGGCCAGCACACUGACCAUCUGGGACCUGGCCUCGCAGACGCCCCGUAUCAAGGCCGAGCUCACUUCCUCUGCUCCAGCCUGCUACGCACUGGCCAUCAGCCCCGAUGCCAAGGUCUGUUUCUCCUGCUGCUCUGACGGAAACAUCGCUGUGUGGGACCUCCACAACCAGACCCUUGUUAGGCAGUUCCAGGGCCACACAGAUGGAGCCAGCUGUAUCGAUAUCUCCCACGACGGGACCAAACUGUGGACCGGUGGCCUAGACAACACAGUCCGCUCCUGGGAUUUGAGGGAGGGUCGACAGCUCCAGCAACACGACUUUACCUCACAGAUCUUCUCAUUGGGCUACUGUCCCACUGGAGAGUGGCUGGCUGUUGGGAUGGAGAGCAGCAAUGUGGAGGUGCUUCACCACACCAAGCCGGAUAAAUACCAGCUGCAUCUCCACGAAAGCUGCGUCCUCUCACUUAAAUUUGCCUACUGCGGUAAAUGGUUUGUGAGCACAGGGAAGGACAACCUGCUGAACGCAUGGAGGACUCCUUAUGGUGCCAGCAUAUUCCAAUCGAAGGAGUCGUCUUCUGUCCUGAGCUGUGACAUCUCAGCAGAUGACAAGUACAUCGUCACAGGGUCUGGUGAUAAGAAGGCCACCGUCUAUGAGGUCAUCUACUGAACAGAGGAAGCUCCCCGCUUCAGCACUUCUACUGAGAUUAUUUUGUAUUUUUCUUGCUGACCAAAUGUGGACCACAACAGAUUUGAGCAACUUACAUAUUUCUGAAAGUUAACUUUUUUGGACAUCAGGAGCGCUGCUGGCCUGAAGAUGCUUGAACUACAAGGAAGGUCCCCUUUUUCUGUCCCGUUCUUUUAGGGAUGCACAUUUUGCGGUCCGUCUUUUUUCCCUAGACUUUUCUGAUAACCUUUGGAUGAAACCCAGUGAAGCGGAGCUUCAUUCCUCAAACUUUUUGUUCAAAGUGUACAUAAUGGAUUAAAUAAAAACAUUUUAUAUAUUCUAAAAAUAUAUAUUUUCUUGUCCUGGGUGUACUUGUGACUAUUGUUUUGGCUCACUUGCUGUUGCGUUGGAGCGAGAGACCAGAACUUCGCAACUAUUCUACUCUGAUUUUCUUAAAGCACAUUUUGCGGACUGAUCUUUGCAGAAAUCUAACUGAAGAGCAUGACUCCUGCACGGUUGGACAUGUGAUGGAGAUCUUAAAAUGGCCUUUUGUCACAGUGCUGUUAGUGUACAAUAAAAUCUGGGUCAGUUCUCUGACUCAGGAGGGACUUUGAUUCAGAAACUGGGAUGGAUGUAAAUUUACUUCAUAUAUGUAUAAAAUGUGCAGGUGUCCUGGUCUGUGUGCUUUCCUGUUUUAGUGUGAGAUGGAGGGUGGUAAAGCUUAGCCUAACCUUUGGACCUCAGUUGGCAACAGAAACAUUGCAACAGACAAACAGAAUGACGGUGUGCUUUUGCUAAUUUGAUGUAAUACCAACGUUGCUACGAGUUACUCCAACAUUUCCCUUUCAACUGCAAAUCGAACAGUCCUGUUGGAGUCUCGCUGCUCUUUGUAUCGGGGCCGUUUUCCUGGAAUUGGUUUGGCUGUGACUAGGAGGCAAGUAGAAAACACAUAUCCGUCUACAGAAAUGUUCAGUGCCUGUAAAUGCUUGUGACAACAGAGGGAAACACUUAGAAAUACUCCAGUUAGUAACUUAAGAUGAAUUCUGGUUUGUACACUGUGUUCCUGAUUCUGUUGGCUUUUACUACAGGAACAUGAAUGGUGCAAAAUGCAUCUCUGAAUCACACCAAAGUAUGUAGCAAAUGCUGUCGGCACUGAAAACUAAUGUACAUUUGUUAAUAAAUCAAUAAAACUUUUUCUAGAA